AUGCGGAUUCCUUCUGGACCUCUUGCAGUGGCGUUCCUGGAAGAGGCCACAGUGCAGGUUCAUCGAGCAGGGCCACUGGCCACUGGCACUGAUGACAUGAAUCUCAUUUCCAGGACCAACAUGGUGGACUCACUGACCUCCACAGGUGCGGCCAUGCGAAGCAGGAAGACGUCGGAGCCUAUGGCCAUGAACCUGCUGGAGGAUUGGUGCAGGGGCAUGGGAAUGGACAUCCACAGAUCCCUGUUGGUCACUGGUAUCCCUGAGCACUGCAGCCACGCAGAAAUUGAGGCGACCUUAAAUGGGGUCCUCCUGCCACUGGGCACAUACUGUGUGCUCAACAAAGUGUUUUUGAGGCAAGAGAGGGUGAAGGCUGCUCUAGUUGAGGUCAGCGAAGGUGUGAAUCUGAGCUCCAUACCCCGGGAGUUCCCAGGGAGGGGCGGCGUCUGGAGAGUAGUCUGCAGGGACCCCACCCGGGACGACGACUUUUUUAAAAAUCUGAAUGAAUUCCUGGAUGCCGAAGGACGCACUUGGGAGGAUGUGGUUCGCCUCUUGAGGCUUAACCCCAACCCACCGCUACCGAAUUCAAACCAGCCUCCACCGAACUGGGCAGAAACCUUGGGGUUGCUCCUGGGCGCAGUAGUACAGGUCAUAUUCUACAUGGAUGCUGCAAUCUGUAAUCGAGAGGAAGAAGCGAGGGCUGAGGAGGCUGCUGAGGCUGAGUCGAUGGCGGCUUGGGCUUCCACGGUGAGGAAGGGAGUAAAGAAGGAACCCGGGCUGGGCGUCGAAGUGGGCUCAGCUUUCAAGAUGGAGGACCGAAACUAUUGGAAGAACACAGAGGACCAUGGUGACCCUCCAAAACCUCUAGUUCGCAGGCCUGGAGGUAAGAUUCAAUCCAGGAGCAGGAAGCAGAAAAAAAAAAAACUUAAGCAAGAACCAAUAUGCUGGAGGAAACCCCAAGGCAGCAAUUACAAUAAGGUUAAUCUGGAAGCUGGUGAAGCUGCCCAAAGCUCAGAGAUCCCAGAGUCUGUCAAGAGCAACAAGAAACCCUUUGUGAAGCAGGAGGAGACAGUAUGGAAGAAGAAAAGACUCUGGAGGGACCCCAGCGAUCUUCCUCGGACUGCGCUGCCUGCGGCUGACAGCCCCAGAAAUCUAGAGGAUUCAGAUCAAGAUGGUGGACGGGAGAACCCCCCAAAGAAAAAAGCCAUGACCUGGGCCUCUAACAAAAUCCCUGCCGCCAUGAGGAAGAAGAAGAAGAUGGUGAGCCCGGGGGCUCUCUCCUAUGUCCUGGUUGAUUCUGAAGCCACCAAGAAUAAAACAGCGAUUCUGAAGAAAGGGCCUGGUGCUAGAAGGGUUGUGUCAGUUCCCCAGGGAACCCAACCUGAGGAUGCACCUGCUUCAACAUCCAGGCCUCAGAAGACCAAGCUGGGAGGCUUCCCGGGAGUCUCCAAAGAUCCCAGGAAGCUAUGAUUUGGGGAACCCUGUACCCAUGGAGGGAGAAGAGCAUC